AUGGCCCAAGCCAUGGAUGCCCAUUCGAGCUUCGUCUAUCUUGUUGACAACCUUCCCACCUGGCGGGCUAGCAUUGAGGCAUUAUCUGUCCAUGCUGCUGGAAAACAUGCCGAGUUCGCCGCCGAAUAUUCUCGGCUCGUGAACCAAGCCAAGCCGAAACGCAGGAAGACUCCCUCGACCUCCUCGAUCCAUACUCAAGACCAGGAACAAGGCGAUGACCAAACUCGCACCAUCAAGAGCGCUGACCGCCUGUCUUCGCCCGACCCCAGGCAGAUUAAUCCUCUGGAGGCUGGGAACAAAUACCUCUACGCACAGGCACGGAGAAAGAGGAAGCCAGGCCCCUCCAUCCGUUCUGGUGCCUCGGGACCCCAGAAGUUCAGAAACCGACAUCAUGUUGUCGUCUACUACGAUGGAAGUUUACAAGUACAACUCGAUACUAUGGUUAAGCAGAUUGGGAUUGGCCGGAAUAACCUGCGAAAAGGCAAAGCUGCACUUGCGGCUGCUAGAGGUUUCCGCCUGCCCACGUUGACUGCUCGAACCAGUCACGGUCUAUCCGUGCUGAACGACAUCAGAGGUUCCAUGAUAUCCCGAAGUACCCCGGCCUUCCUGCCAGGCAAGAGCCAAAUUUCUGCUCCGAAUCCGGCCGCCUCUAAUGAGGAAGCAAGCUUUUUGCAGGUGGACAAGGAGCUAGAGCAGAUACAGGCGCUGUGUGAGACGGCCGCUCACCAAUUCCUCCGAGACGGUGACUGCAGGACUGAGCUUGAAUCUAUGCUGCAAAAGUUUGAUGCUCUUCUUGGACAGGCCUUUGCAGCUGCAGAGACUCUGAAGAAAGUUCAAGAGGAGAGCCAAGAAGCCUCACGAGCCGAUGAUCUUGACUCGGAGUUCAGUCAUGGUUUUGCUGAUUCGGACGCCUCUCUGUCAACCAAACCGUCCUUCGAUCACUUAGCUACACCGAGACUUGGUGUCGGGAGAGGUCAGGUUGCUCUCCCACUCGGCCAACCUUUGGACAGUAUGAAACCACAUGCUUUUCACAGCGCACCUGACAUUGCGGCUCCUGACAGCCCAGCUGGCUUGGUGAGCGACACCAUUGAGGUUGACGACGCCAGUGACCAAGGCUCCAUCGUGGUUGAUAUUUCUGAGUAUCGUCUUACGAACACUCGACGGGUGAGGCUUUGA